CAUGGGUUUGUUGCAAAGCAAGCACUGCGGCAGGGACAUUUGGCUUGCCUUCAAGGACAUUUGCCUCGUCUCGCCCCUGCCAGGCUCAACGACACGUAUCUCGGUUUUGGUACUGGCGUCCCUCUAUCUCCUGCAAGUCUAUCGCCAAAAACAACGAACGACACGCAUACGAGGACCUCAGAGCCCAGGCUGGGUGUUUGGCUUCGCCAAGAUACUGUUAGAUUCCACCGCUACAACUGAACUAUACGAACGUUGGGCCAGAGAGUACGGUCCAGUGUGCAAGGUUCCGGAUAUCUUUGGACAGUCUAAGGUUAUACUAUGGGACCCCAAAGCAAUAUCUCAUUUCUUUGCAAGAGACACAUGGUUGUAUAACCAACCUCCGUUCAACAAGAUUGCUCUUCAAACAGCGAUUGGAAGAGGAAUGUUGUGGGCCGAUGGUGAAAGUCACAAAAGGCAGCGCAAGGCCCUCAAUCCUGCCUUUAGCGCAGCUGCUAUUCGCAGCUUGAUAUCUGUUUUCCAUGAUGCCGCUCACAAGACAGUGAUCGCUUGGGACAGUGAGAUAGAAUCGAACCAAAGAACUCAUUGCGCAGUAAUUGAUGUUCAACAAUGUGUGGGCAUAGCCGUCCUGUCCCAUGACUUCGGCGCACUCGGUGGAAACGACUCCGACGUCGGGCACGUCCUGAAUGCAUUUAGUUCAUCCGUUGAUGUUUCCAACAACUUGGUCAUAUUGGCACAAAACUUUCCUUUCAUCCUGAAGCUGCCAUUACCUCGCACACAAUUCUCCCUAAAGUUUCGCCUGAUAGUUGGAAAAAUAUGCCAGGAGAUGCUAUCGCGGACACGCAAGGAAAAAGAGACUGGUGGCGCCGCGCAGGGGGAUAAAUCAUGUUUGGGUUUGCUCUUGAAAGCGGAGGAAUCUGGUGAGAGGGUGGGACUGACUCCACAAGAAGUAAUAGACGAGGCAAGGGUUCUCCUUCUCGCCGGCUUUGAGACCACUGCAGGUAAUUGGGCUUUGGUAGAACUCGCGCGGAAUCUAGACGUGCAGACGAAGCUUCGCGACGAGUGUCUAGAGUUCGGACCGACCCCCUCAUAUGACGACCUCGCGAAUAAGCUUCCCUACCUGGACGCUGUGGUGAAUGAAGUUCUUCGCCUCCACGCACCAAUCAAACAGAUCCAGCGAUCGGCUACGCAAGAAGACAUCAUCCCGCUCAGCGAGCCCUUGCGCACAGCUUCUGGUAACUUUACUGAGAGUGUAUGCAUCCCAAAGGGGACUGUGAUCGUUGUCCCGUUCGCUGCACUCGAUUGCUCUGUUAGCAUGUGGGGCCCUGACGCAAAGGUGUUUAAACCUUCCCGGUGGUACGAACGGGACGAGGCGCGGAUAUGCCUUGGGAGGCUAUUUGCGUUGACAGAAUUCAAGGCUGUGCUGUUCGCCCUUGUGCGAAACUUUAUGUUUGAGAUGGCGGAUGGCCCUGGAGUGCAGAUUGUGGAAAGUUUGGGAAAUUUACCAAGGCCGGAGGUGGUUGGGAGUGCUGAGGCUGGAAGUGUGCCUCUCCGGGUGCGCCGCUAUGAAGUUUGAUUGCUCUGUAACUGUGUAAUGGUAUCGUAAGAA